GCUCCCUCUACAUCCUCUGUACGCACUCUCGCGCGUUCCUGGAAGGAAUUGCGAAGGAACUGAAUCCCAAGGACUAAAGAAACACAUACUGUCCAGAGAGCAUCAAUCCCCAAUCUCACCAUGCGAUGGCAGGAGACCGCAGAAGCAGCUCUGGCAGCACCCUGAGCUCACCUUUCGAUAGCCCUACGUUCGAGCGCGACGUCUCUAUCAGUGUCCCUGAAGAUGUCGGAGCGGCAUCAAUCUCCCCGAGCGGUCGAGAUGUCGUUCUAGCCUCCAAGGGCGGCCUGUACAUUAUUGACCUCGACUCACCUUACCAACCGCCUCGCUACAUCGUUAACCGUUCGCACUGGGAAGUGGCAGAUGUCCAGUGGAGUCCGUUUGCCUCAAGAGAUACUUGGAUUGUUAGCACAUCUAACCAGAAAGCGAUUGUCUGGAACCUUGCGCUCUCAGGCCCGAACAUACCCAUCGAGCAUGUCCUGCGCGCGCACAAUGGGGCGAUAACGGACAUCAACUUCUCUGCUCAUCACCAGGAUCUCCUGGCUACAUGCGGUGUGGACAGUUUUGUCAUAUGUUGGGAUCUACGACAACGUCAGAAUGCGGUUCUGUCUUUCGACGGCAAGGGCUCAUCAAUCGGCGCGGUCGCCAAGUUCGCAGCCUGGGACUCUGGCGCAACGCAGGUGAAAUGGAACAGGCAAGAUCCAAACAUCGUGGCUUCCUCCCACGGCCAAUAUUUGCAUAUAUGGGAUCGAAGGAAGGGCGCAGAACCCCUAAAGAAGAUUUGUGCGCACGCCACGAAAGUGUAUGGCAUUGAUUGGAACCGAGCUAGCCCAACUGGUAUCCUCACAUGUGGCCUGGACAAGACCAUAAAGGUUUGGGAUUACUCUCUCUGCGGCCCAGGGGACAACCCAGAAGCCGAACGUAUCAUUCAUACACCGUAUCCUGUGUGGAGAGCCCGCCAUACGCCAUUUGGUUCGGGCUUCCUUGCCAUGCCGCAACGUGGAAGUACGGAGCUUCACAUGUACGACCUCCGAACUGAAAGUAUGCAACCUAACAGUACCAAGAUUGAGCCCGUGCAUUCCUUUUCUGGACACGAAGACAAUAUCAAAGAGUUCUUAUGGCGCACAAGGGGAGAGUUUGACGAGGUCGAAAGAAUCGACAAUCGCGAGUUUCAACUUGUGUCCUGGGGGCGUGACCGCAAUCUACAAUUGCAUAAAAUGGAACCAGAGAUCCUGAAGAGCAUUGGCUACGAGAAAGGACGAAAAACAGAUGAUAACAUUCGUCAGACCCGUAAGAACGCUGCAUAUCGCACUUUUGCCACAGAGUCAAUCCGUAGGCCCAUACUGCAGCGCUCAGAAUCUGAAGACGCUACGGUCCAACCAAAGAGCCAUUUGACGGCGUUGUUCCACCCUAAAUCGGCGAACGCUAAUGAGCAAUACUCGUCGUAUAUGAACGCACAGGUCUUGCCAUCGGUAUCAUUCCCACUUCCUGGCGGUGGAUCCGGCAUGCAAAUGAUGAACCGCACUUUGAGAGCACCGAAUGUCAUUAAUUGGAUGAAAGGAGUUAGAAUGGGAAAGCGCGAUACGGCUCUUCCAUCCAAGUAUGGCAACCGGCCAAAGACGCCACAGUCAGCGGGAUCUAAGUUUGACCCAACCGAGAACUUGGGAGACGAGAUCACCCAUGUGGGCAGUAAAUUCAAGAAAGUGUCAUUCGAAGUGGCCGACAUAUCGCGACGCGCAGCAACGGUCUACUUGAAUGGUCCAUGGGGGCCCGAAGGCAAGCCAGCGUUUGUGAGGAUUACUAUGCGAUUCCCUCCAAACUAUCCGCGGGAUGCAGCGCCAGAUUACAAACUGGAAAAGACAACCUCAGCGAUCAGUGACGAGACAAUUGCAAAGCUGGACGAUGAGAUUCACUCAAUUGUUGAGCUGUAUAGGACAAGGAAAAAGGGAUCUCUGGAAGCAAUUAUAAGUUACCUGCUAGGUGAGCGUGACCUGGAAGAGAGCAUCAGCUAUUUCUCGGAGGACAACGAUACUCAAACUGGUCUCACAUUGGAUGAGAGUUCCAGUGACGAGGAGGAACCUCUAGGUGACGACUUCAAGACCCGAGGAGAUCUCGACAUGAGUGGAACAGACGUGUCCGGCAUGAAAAAUGCCAACGCCAACGUGCCGAUUCCCAGGACUAACAGUGCGAGAUGGACUCGAGACGGACGUCUUCUACACAUCCAUCCUCCGAAGCCAGAGCCCAAGCCCAUAUUUGGAAGCAUGCUGCGCCACGGGGACAGAUCGAAAGCUCCAAGAUUAUUCGAUACUCUUGGAAGACUUAAGACGGGCUCGCCUAUGCUAGACAAGAAAUACUCCCUACAAGAUGAAGAUGUAGAGGAGGACGACAGCGACUGGGAGACAGCCUCUUCGAGCAGCUCCGAUUACAGCUCUACCAAUCUGGGUGGCAUAGCGGGUCAGUUCCCUGCUCCUGCCGCGUGGCAAGGGAAUGGGCUUCGCUUCAACAAAACAUCGCAACAUUCCAGCGUCGACUACGGUCCAAAAACAUCAACCCUGAAGCAGAGUUCAGUCAUUACCUCUCACGAUCUGUCUGAUCUACUCCCAUCGCGGAAGGAACUGGCACGAGAGUAUGAGAUGUGUGGAGAUGGCCCUUCGGUGUGCAAGCACAACGCUGAAGUCGCAAAAUCACAUGGCUUUCAUGAUCUGGCUGAUAUCUGGACACUGAUCAGUUUGAUAUUAGCGAAUAACGUUCCUUUAGAAGUGCUACCACAAUUCUAUCGCCCGGAACCUAUCCUGGUGGUCGCACGUCGAGCUAUGGUACGCAUCAAACGCAAGGACAGUGGUCUUGAUCUCGCCUUCGACGAAGCCGAGUCUGUUCUCAAUCCAACGCUUAAAGGGCGAGUCAAAUGGGGCCAUCAUCCGCUGGCAUCAUCCUGGCUGAUACCGGCUCUCUUCGAUUACUAUGAACGACUGGCUGAUAUACAGAUGUUGGCCAUGCUUUCUUGUGUAUUCUCAGAGCCGGCUGCAAGAGAGGGCGUACCGCAUGCUUUACGGAAGCCCGAAUUCCACGAACUACCAAUGUCAAUGCAAGCGCCAGCUUUCUCCCUGGACUAUUUCUCAUCCCACGAUAGCGCUUGGAGUCUCUACCAACCAUCAGGCCCGUCGACACCGUCAACACCUACGACCCAAUCUCGUCGCAAAUCCUCAAAAAGCGUCGCCCAGUGGAUCGACAAAUUCCACAAGCCGCCCAACCUUGAUGUGUAUGGCUCUACAGCGUCUUCGAACGGGCCCUGGGGCAGCACGCCAUUGUCAGAUCCGUUGAUUCCAUUCUCCACAAACGUGACUCCCCCAGUGCUCUCACGUACCAGCACGUUCAAAUCCAGCGGCAACGCCUCUUUCUCGACUUCUCCAGAGCAUCCGUUUCCUCGGAGGUCAAAUGCUUACCUAGCCAGUGCAUUUGUGUCGCCAUUCCGAAACUUGACGUCCGCAUCCCCUCCUCCCGGCAAGUCUCGUACAGCCGAUGCCGAGCUUUCCACAUCGGCUCCCAACAGCGUUACCUGGGGCUCAACGACCUUCUACAGCUCUAGCUCCAAUACUACGCAGCGCUCGAGCCAGAAACGCCGUCCGUACUUUCCAUAUUUGCACGAGUCGGGGACUGUUGAUGAGGUCGAUGAGCUUUCUGGAGACGAGGACGAGGUUGCGCCUUCGGAAUCGGGUGAUUCGCCGUCGACAGCAGCGGCAAACUCGAGCUCGGCCAUCCGCGUCACACUCAAGAACCAAGAUCAAUUCGAUGAUGAAGCGUGCGUGUCGUCGUCACUGCUCGGUCGUGUGGAGACAUGGAAGCUGGUGCACUACCGCGAGCAGUACGCCAACCAGCUCCUGCUGUGGGGCCUGCCAGUCGCACGCAGCGAGGUUCUCAAAUUCAACGGUCUGCACUCGUACUGGGAGCCCGAGGAGCCAACAUCGUUGCAGUUUGAGGUCGGCAAAAAGCACACAAUGGCACCGAGAGUGAAUGGGAUCAACGGGCUGCGCAGCUCGCGGAGUGACGGCAGACUGACACCGCUUCAGGGCACCGGUACGUUCAGUCCAAAGAAGUUCCGGUUCAACCCCGAAGCGAGCGCUUUUGUGCCGACGAGCUCGUCAGAGGACAUGCUCAGCGAUGAGGAACUGGAAUCAGUUCAGUAUUCUGGACUUGCCUCCAAUCUGACGGUGACUCUGACUCCGGCGGUCACGGUGACGGCGACAAGAACGACGGCAACAACAACGACGACGAACACAGCAACAACAACGGAGGAUGGUCACGACGUAGACACGGAUACGGUGGUGUUCAAGGACACAGAGGGCGACGAAGCGAGUUUCCCGUACUGCAAUACGUGCUUGAUGAAGGUGGAGCGACUGUACAGUAUCUGCGAGACAUGCGGGCACAUUGCUCACAUUGCGUGUCUGGCCGAUUACGACGAGGAAGACGAGGCGGCAAUGUGUAAGAUGGGCUGUGGAUGCGAGUGCGAGGAGAGCUGGCCGGAGGAUCCCUGAUGCAUGAUUUGAUACCCCCCAACACACGCGCGUAUGUAUAUAUAUGUACCUGUAGACUAUACCCACAUAAUCCAGUCUGUACGAUAUAUGUAUAGAGCCG